UGACCUACAGCGACGCGGUAGAGUUGUGUUUGUUAAUGAUAAUAUUUUUCUGAUGAAACUUAAUAUAUUAAAUGAUACUGAUUGUAUUUGUUGAAUAGUUGUAUAAGUGUGCUUCCAGUAUGUUGGUUCUAUUCGAGACACCGGCGGGCUAUGCCAUAUUUAAGUUGCUGGAUGAGUCUAAGCUGAGUGAGAUUGACAACUUGUACCAAGAAUUUAACACUCCAGAAGGGGCUUCCACAGUGGUUAAGUUAAAGAACUUUGUAAAGUUUGAGGACACAACAGAAGCUUUGGCAGCCACUACUGCAGCUAUUGAGGGCAAGAUAUCUAAGCCCCUAAAGAAAGCUCUUAAGAAGUAUGUUUGUAAAGAGGUUCAGGAUCAACUCCUUGUCGGUGACUCUAAGCUGGGAAGUGCCAUUAGAGAAAAAUUUGACUUACAAUGUGUAUCAAAUACUAAUGUCCAGGAACUGCUCCGGUGUAUUCGCUCACAGAUGGACAGUCUCCUAGCUGGACUUCCUAAAAAAGAAAUGACAGCUAUGGCUUUGGGCCUGGCUCACUCUCUUUCGAGGUACAAAUUAAAGUUCUCUCCUGACAAAAUAGACACUAUGAUUGUUCAAGCUCAGUGUUUGCUUGAUGAUCUUGACAAGGAAUUAAACAACUACAUCAUGAGGUGCCGUGAAUGGUAUGGUUGGCAUUUCCCAGAGCUUGGGAAAAUCAUCACUGAUAACACUUUGUUUGUAAAAGUGGUAAAACUCAUUGGCACACGAGACUAUGCAUCCAAGACUGAUUUAUCUGACAUUUUACCUGAAGACUUAGAAGAGAAAGUUAAGGAAGCAGCUGAGAUCUCCAUGGGAACUGAAAUAUCUGAAGACGACAUUAUGAACAUACAGAAUCUGUGUGAUGAGAUUAUUUCCAUCACAGACUACAGGACUCAUUUAACAGACUACUUGAAGGCGCGUAUGAUGGCAAUGGCACCAAACCUCACUGUACUCAUUGGUGAACACAUUGGAGCACGACUUAUUGCUCAUGCAGGCUCACUAAUGAAUUUGGCAAAACAUCCUGCUUCUACAAUACAGAUUUUUGGUGCAGAAAAAGCUCUUUUCCGUGCCUUAAAAACGAAGAAAGACACACCAAAGUAUGGAUUGAUAUAUCACGCUCAGUUAGUGGGCCAGUGCAGUACAAAAAACAAAGGUAAAAUGUCAAGAAUGUUGGCUGCUAAGGCAGCACUUGCGACUAGAGUUGAUGCAUUUGGAGAAGAUGUGUCUUUUGAGCUCGGAGCUGAACAUAAAGUGAAAUUAGAGAACCGCCUGCGACUACUGGAAGAAGGAAACCUGCGUAGGAUUAGUGGAACAGGGAAAGCAAAAAUCAAAUUUGAGAAAUAUCACAGUAAAAGUGAAGUCUAUCAAUAUCCUGAUGCAAGUGAUAACACAAUUGACAAGAAGCCGAUCAAGCGAGAACACUCUCCAGAUGAAGACCAAGUGUCAGCCAAAAAGAUAAAACUAGAGAAUGAUGUUAGUAAAGUGUCACUUAAAAAUAUAAAAACUGAAAACGAAGAACCGGCAGAAGACGCGCUCCCAGAACCCAGCUCUGAAAAGAAGAAAAAGAAGAAACGGAAAUCAGAAGUAAAAACUGAACCAGAACCAGAACCCGAGGCCUCACUUGAAGAACCCAAGAGUGAAAAAAAGAAGAAAAAGAAGCGGCAGUCUCAGGCCGAUGAAUAGUCCCAGCUCACUGCGAGUCGGCGCGAUAACGAUUCACAACUUAUCUGUCCUCCUUCAUACCUCAAUAUUAAUUACAUAUUGUACAAAAGUAAUGCCAACACAUUUAUCGAGUCUGACCCACUGCACAGCUGUGAACUUGUGAAGUGCUGAAGUGAAGUCAUCGUAGUCCUCAAACGUUUGUCUAGUGUCGUCUAGUGUUGUCUAGUGUUAAGUAAUAAUGUGAUAACAUGGAAAUGUGUAAUGCAGAAUACAAGUUUAUAUCGCUACCGAUCUCUUUCAUUUUACUGACAGUGUGCGGCGGGCGGGCGGGGCCGGC